AUGGCUCGUGGACUCAACCACAUCAAAGAGUCCUGCUCAUGGUGUGGUCUGGUCCUCAGGGUACUGAACCUGUCUGAGCUGGUGGCCCUUUGCCCUGACCUGGCCACACUGAAAAAUGUGCUAUACUUCCGACAGAACCAGCUGGUCUAUCCGGUCCGCAAGAGACAGGACAGACACUUCCAGUAUGGAUGCAACCAGGUCCUCAUGGUGAAGAUUGACCUGGCCUUGACUUCUCCCCAUUCUCCCCAGUCUCCCCAGUCUCCCCAUUCACCCCAGUCUCCCCAUUCACCCCAGUCUCCCCAUUCACCCCAUUCACCCCAGUCUCCCCAUUCACCCCAUUCACCCCAGUCUCCCCAUUCUCCCCAGUCACCCCAGUCUCCCCAGUCUCCCCAGUCUCCCCAGUCUCCCCAGUCUCCCCAUUCACCCCAGUCUCCCCAGUCUCCCCAGUCUCCCCAGUCUCCCCAGUCUCCCCAUUCACCCCAUUCACCCCAGUCUCCCCAUUCACCCCAUUCACCCCAGUCUCCCCAUUCACCCCAGUCUCCCCAUUCACCCCAUUCACCCCAGUCUCCCCAUUCACCCCAGCCUCCCCAGUCUCCCCAUUCACCCCAUUCACCCCAGUCUCCCCAUUCACCCCAUUCACCCCAGUCUCCCCAUUCACCCCAGUCUCCCCAUUCACCCCAGUCUCCCCAGUCUCCCCAGUCUCCCCAGCCUCCCCAGUCUCCCCAUUCACCCCAGUCUCCCCAGUCUCCCCAGUCUCCCCAGCCUCCC